CAAUCUCCGAUUUCGACCACGGUUCUGUCAAAAUUUAGAUUCAAGCGAAGGUAUACGAGCAGGAGAAUUGACCAGUCGUCUCUUGACUUGGAGAAGUCGAAGCCAUCGCCCAAUAAUACUGCAGGGUGUAAGAUACUUCGAAUUAUAAAAAAUAUAUUAAAAACUCUAUUGAGGCAUUCAAUUUUAAUAAUUAUAAGCAUACUUCUGAUCAAAUAUUUAAUCAGUCAAAAAAAAAAAAAAGGCGAACGAAAAAGAAAAAUUAAGGACAAAAAUAUUUUCAAUAUUUAAAAAGAAAAAGAAAUAACUAUGGGUUACAAAUUGAUAAUUUUGAUGAUGCAAUGGAAAAUGCUCCACAUUUGAUAAGUCGUUGGAAUUUCUCCAGCGACAAUAUUUUCACGAUCAAGGAAGUGGAAGAGAGGGAACACGAUGAAAUCGCGAGAAAGGGUGCCGUUUAAUUCGUGAGCAUGCGCCCACCAUCAUGGGGGAGUCGUUGCAGAGGGUUGCCGCCUCUCUUUGGGGGUGAUGUUAUUGAUCAGAGUUUCUUCUGUCUCACAAAAUGGCUCAAGUGUAUCACGCCAUGGGGAAUCGAGAACUUCGAUUUUUUUCUCCCUUGUUUCCAACUUGUAAGGGUAGAUAUUGGGUUUGAUAUAAAGUUCCGAAUUUUUGUAGGAUAGUUAGAAAAUAUUAUUGGAUCAUCGUAAUUUUGUGUUUGUUUUUCUGGUCUUCUUUCUUUUUUUUUCUUUUUUAAAGAAUAUUAUUUUGAAAAAAAUCAUUCAUAUCUCUGAAAAAUGACUGCCUUAAUUGUGAUUUUAAAAAAUAGUAGUUUAUUUAUUUCAAUUUUUUAUAUAAAUAAUAUUCUGUAGAAAAUUAAAAAUUAUGUCAUGUAUGAAAAAGUACAUGUAGAUGUACUAUAUAUUAAAAAAUUAUUUGAAGAGAUUUAUAAAUCACAUACUGUCAUCUCGAACCCAUUUAAUUUUGCUUCAUACAAUUAUUUUUUUAUAUUCUUUAGAAAUUAUAGAAAAUUUCUUUAAAAAGUAGUUAAUAUUUAUAAAAUUGCUUUUCAAUAUUAAUUAACAUUUAUUAUAAUUGAUAUUAAUAUAUGAAUAUUUUUAUAUUUUAUAUCUUCACCAUUAAAAUCGAUAAAUUUCAAAAGGUCACGUUAACCUUUUGUUUUAAAUUAUUAUUGAUAUUGUUUAAAUAAUAAUAUUUUUAAUUUAUUAUUAAUUAAAUUUCCCAAAAAUAGAAUUUUUCGAACCUAUAUGUUUUAUAAAAAAUUAUAAAUUGAACGAAACAAUUUAAUUAUAAAAUUUUAUAAUAAAUAAAAUAUUUCAAUAAUGUUUCUUUAAUAAGUAAACAAUUAUGGUAGAUUUACAUCUUUUUUUUACUUAAAAUAUUAAAUUUCUUAGUAAAUAACGUGAUAACGAUGAUCUUUAUUAAAAUGAAGUAUCACUUUCAAUGUUUUGUAUUUUAAUAUCAUCAUUUACAUAUUUCAAAUAGCAGAAAAUAAAACAAUCGGAUUAAACUUACGCGAAAGUAAUGAUUAAAGCAAACCUCAUUUUAUCUAUAAAGGAAGCGGAAUACAUUCCGAAGUGCUUGAUAAACGAACAAGUGUACUGAUAACGAAGAAUAUUAAAAAGCAGUUUUGACGUUGCACUUUUUUUUUUGAUCGUUACGCUCAGGCGCCAACCCAUUUUCAAGUCAAUAAUGUUGAAUUAUUCGUCUUUAAGCGAAAGAGAAGAGAUUUUGAUUAGAUACUAGAUAAAAGAUUCAGUAACCAUGAAGAGAAAUAAAGAUAUAAUAAAAUAGAAAAUGGAAAAUGAAGAGUAACAGAAAAUGGAAUAGAGAGAUAAUUUGAUAUAAAAAAACAGUAUUAUGUUUCCUAAAAUAUAUAGAGAAAAGGAAGAUGAUAUUUUAAAAAAAUAUAUUAUAUAAGAACGUAAAGAAAAAUAACCUCAUAUCAAUAUGUGAAAUAGAAGAAUAAUUUUAUAUAUAAACUGAAAGGAAAAACUUUAUUUAGAAUUGAUCAUAAUUUAUGUGAAAUGCAAGUUAUGAUUAUGAUAUAAAAUAAUAAAAAAAUUUCAUAUUAAUAAAAUUAAAAAAAAUUAGUAUACAAAUAUAAAAUAAUUUAAUGAAAAAUAAAUAAAUAUAAAAUAAAUACUUAUAAAGAAAAUUGAAUAAUCUAGCCAAAUCUCUAAGUCGUGAAAUUUUAUUAUAGCAAUAGCAUUUCAUUUAGUGUUAGAUUGUACAGUAAUAUAUUGAGGAAUGCAGUCAUUGUGAAAUGAGUAAUUCUUUAAUUACUCUGUAUAAAUGGAGAAAAAAGCGGAGUAGUUUCACGGACAAAAUGGAAAUAUCACUUUGUAUAAGAGUGGAAAGAAAACAAUGAAUGCUGUAUAUGAUGUGAAAUGAUAGAACAUUAAUUUUCUAUAAGAAAUUUUAAAUGGAACGACCUUAACAAAACGACGCACUUAAAAAGUCAUAACAAAACUGAUAAUUACUUAAAGUGUUUUAUUGAAAAUGUAAUACUUAUAAAAAUUUUAUGACUAGAAAAUACAAAAUAAAAAAAAAAACAAUUCUAAGAGGAUAUAAAGUAUCGCAAAAGUUGGAGAAAUCUUCAUUUUACUUUACAAACAAUAAAAACAUGUCAUAAGUCAAUCAAAGACAUAGAUCGAAACGUCGAAAAAGGCAGAACAAUUUCAUGCAACAGAGAAAGGACGAGUCAUCCUGAACAGCGCCAUAGGGAGUGAACAAACGUAAUUUAUCCAAAAGCGCGAGAAGGAGAAAGAUAGUUGGAUAGAGUGUGCACGAGCGAGGGAGGGAGAAUAGAGAGAAAACAGGAUAAAAAGAGAGAGAAAGACAGUGCUGGAAGAGCAAGAGGUAUCGCACAAAGGAAUAAGUUGGAGAGAGAAGGAAGGCGUUGAGUGAGUCAGUGAUGGCGUACAGCAGCCAGGCCGAGCCCAGCUGUUCUUCGAUCCCCUAACCUACGCCAGUUUAUUUCAGCUACCAACACUAUGUGGUCCUGAAACUGCUUCGUGCUCUCUUGUGUUCGUCGAAGUUUCGUUAUCUGUCGAUCUUCGGUUUUAUCACGUUCCACUCAUUAACAUUUUUUUCGCUGUGAUUUCUUUCGAUUUGAAAUUCUAUCGACGAAGGGAAAAAAGAAAAAGAUAAAAUACGAACAACGUGAGAUAAAAACAUUUUACCUGCUCGAAACAAUGAAUCGAUUGUGUAAUGUUCCAUGGCUCUUCGCGAUGUGACAGUGAUAAUUCGAUGACGCGUAAAAACCGAAUUUUCCUUGACAAUUUAUUAAUACAAGUGUUCUAUGAUAUGGGGAAACGCAUGUGAUUUUGUCAGAUCUCAUUAUCUUGAUUUUUUUAAUGGAUUAACGGCUUUGACUCACGAAUCAUACUUUUUCCUUUAGGCACUUUUGGAUCUCGUUCGAGCGAAAAAAUAACGAAUCGAUCACAACGCUAGGGUGAAUUGCGAUUAUUCGCGAUUAUACAUCGCGCGUUUCGAAAUCGAAUUGGAAUCAAGUCGGAGUCGAAUCAAAGUGGUGUGUGUUCAUGAUAUGAAGGAGUUCUCGUUGAUUGUCGUAAUUGAAACGGAACCGGAGAUUUUUUAACAAGCACGGGUCGGUAAAAAAGAAGUCGGUUUCCAAGAUUUCCUUGCGAAAUAACUUGGUAAAAAUAGAAAUGUUCUUAUAUAUAGAUAAGAUAAAUUUUUAAAAAAUUAAAAAAAAAAAAUUAUUAGUUUUUAUGGAAUGAAGACUCUUUUAUUAUAGUGAAAACUCGAAGAAAAUAAAUGUGAGAGGUUUAUCCGAUGAAUCUUAUAUUUCUUCUAUUUUUGGAUAAAUUUAUUAAAUCGGGGAUUAAAAACCGUAUAAGGUAAUAUCGAAUCAAAAAUAAGAUUAAAUAAGACGUUGGUAUCAAUUUGAAAUUUUUUUCGGAAGAAACCAGGUCGAAGAAGGAAGAAAGCAGAUUUUUCUUCUUUAUCUCUUACCGCAAAAGGCGCGUCCGGUUGAUUUGCGAAACAAAUGGCAAAACGUGGGCCGCAAACGAGUGGCAACGUGCAACUAUAAAUGGAACCUGUAAUUCCAAACCAUCGACCGUGUCACAAGGAAAAUAAACCGUGAAAGGAAUCGAAAUUUUCAAAGAAUCUCUCUGAAAAGAGAAAUUCUUUCUAAAUCAACUUCAGCUAAAUAUUACGACAACAUGUAAUAAGAAUUGUGAAAUAGAUAUAAUACCUAAAUAUAAAAUCUAAAGAGAUUAUAAAUACGAAAAGAUUGUUCCUUCGAUAAGAUAAGCAUCAAAGCAAAUUCUAUAAAUUUUAAAAAUAUUAAAGAUUUAUAAUAUACGAUAUAUAUGAUAAAUAUUAAAUAUAAUAAAAAAAAUACAUAUUCAUUUAUAACAAAUAAAACAAACAAAAAGGAAAAAGAAGAAAAUAGUUCCUCGCAGUCUGAUUACAUAAAAAGACUAUAUAUUUACGGGUAUACAUAUCUAUUGUCUACAUUCCUGAUUUCUAAUUUCAACAUAAUGAUCAACAUCGAUAAUCAGUCCUUCCCGCAAAUUGUAUCAUUCGAUCGUUUGCUAUAUUAAACCGCGAAGAAAAAAAAAAUAGUUCCUCUCUCGACACAUUCCGCAAAUUCUCGAAAGGUCAGCGUACCAAUUAAGCCUCGUAGAGCACGGUCUUGUCAUCGUUUCGAAGCAACGAAACGGAAAAGAAAGCAACAAGUAUAAACGAGUGGUGUACGUAAAAAAUAAUUAAUCGUGCCGCGAUAAAGAAUACAUACAUCGAGAAAGCUUUCGUCGCGCAGCCGGGAUGGGGUGUUGAAAUGCCAGAGGGACAUUUUGAAAAUCUUUGCUUCGGCGCAUGCGUGCCGACGCACUCGGCGCCCGAUGGAGCACGAUGAAGCUGUCCCUCGGUGGAUGAAGAAGGGUCGAGACCCGGAGAAGAGAAGCUUUUCUCAUGGUGUGCGUCGGAUCAGCCAGGACACGCAAGACGUCGCGACGCGUCGUUCGCCGAUCCUCGCGGUUUAAUCUCUUCAUUUCGCACCUCUCGCUCGGGUCAGGCUUGGCCCAUCAAUUGAUCCCAUGGACACGAUAUAAUGAAAAUAAAAUCAAAAAGAGGAUACGGAAUAAAUAUUUGAAAAAUAUACAAUUAGAAGAUAUAAAACGAUAGAAAAUAGAGUAAAUGUAUAGAAUAAAAUGAUACGAAUAAUAUAAUAAAAUAAUACAGAAUAGAAAAUAAAGAGAAAACGAUAUAAUAAUAAAAAAGGAAAGAAAAGAAAGGAAGGAAGUAUAGUAUUUCGGAGAAAGAAAAUUAUGCCGGGUGAAAAGAGGGAGAGAGGCUUGAGACAAACGACGUCAGGAAUAAGAGAGGGUUCUCCGUCAAAAACGAGCGAGCUUGAAGUAAGAACACGCGGCAGCUCGAUGAUCCCUCUUCCCCGUGCAAUGCCACAUAACCCAAAGACCGUGAAGACGGAGAAGAAUCGUUUGAGAUUGAUCAUGGAGAAUAACAGAGGUCUUGUGGAUGCGUUGGAGAAGGAACGAAGGAUCAACGUGGACGAGGAUGAGGAUGGAUAUCGAGUGUCCUCCACUAGGGAGCCGGCUGCACCGCGAUACUGUGAUCUGUCCUGCAACGUGUAUCGAUGUCCUGUGCGAAAGGAGGACGCGGAUGAUUGCCAAAAGAGACCGGAAAGAUCCUUGUCUGAGGAGUGUCGCGUGUCUCACGGACCGGUAGGCGUCGGCGUGGAAGGUGUCGGCUCGUGGAGGGCUCAGCGGCGCCCUCACAAUAUCGAGAUAUCUGCGCCCCUGUCCGGCGUCGCGGCGCACGAGCUGGAGUCGUCCGUGGACGGCGCAACGUUCAACCCUGUCGCCGCAGCGGCGACGACAUCCACGAGAUGCUCGUUGGUGAAAAACACUCUGAAAACGCCUUUAUCCUCUUCCACUUUUCUACCCGUCAAUGCCAACAUCAGGCCAAGAUUGUACCUGGGUUCCGUGAUUGCUGAAACCAGCAAGGAGGAUGCCAUGGAGCCGGAAGUGAAAGAGGAGGACGAACGAAGGUCGUCCACGCCGAGCCCCGAGCAGAUAUAUAUAAGAAGAAAUAAACGUUACAAUGAGGGUGGAAGUAGCGAAGAAGAUAGCAAACCGGAUACAUCCCUACAAGGUCAUAGAAUACCGUCUUCUUAUCGGGGAACCUGGCCCAUCAGAAGAGACAUAUGGGCCAAUCAACAAAUGGGAUUUUCCACUCAACAAGGCACAUCAACCACUGUACAUAACGAUAUAGCUAGCGUGAUGAGCUUUUCUUCAAAUUCGGGUGGGGCUUUCGGCUGUUCGGAAAUACAAGGAGAUCGAAGAUUAGGAGCAAAAGUAGACGUGGUGUACAAUCUGUUGGGAAUGCUAGGCAGUACAGAGGGCCGGGAAGAUAUGAGUGCAACGUUACUCUCAAUGAGUAAUUCGAUAGAUAAUUGUCUCAUAAUGAGGCAAUCAGGAUGUCUACCAUUGUUGGUACAGUUAAUUCACGCUCCUGGACAAGAUCCAGAAACUAGAGAAAAAGCAUCAAGAGCUUUGCAUAAUAUAGUGUACGCUAAAAGUGACGAAAGGGCAGGACGUAGAGAAGCAAGGGUUCUUCGAUUUUUAGAACAGUUACGAGAUUAUUGUCAAGCACUGAGGACAUCUCUGCAAACGGGACAGGUUCCUGAUGAUUUAGAAAGACAUCCUGGACCGACUAUAGCAGCAUUAAUGAAACUUUCCUUCGACGAAGCUCAUCGUCACGCCAUGUGUCAACUCGGUGGACUUCACGCGGUCGCAGAACUAAUCGAGAUGGACCACAUGGCACAUGGAAGCGAAUGCGACGACCAAAAUUGUAUUACUUUACGUAGAUAUGCUGGAAUGGCUCUGACUAAUCUAACUUUCGGCGAUGGAAAUAAUAAAGCAUUAUUAUGCUCCUUCCGGGAGUUCAUGAAGGCACUAGUCUCACAGUUGAAGAGUCCAAGUGAUGAUCUUAGACAGGUAACAGCGUCUGUAUUAAGAAAUUUAUCGUGGCGAGCUGAUACCAGUAGUAAACAAACAUUAAGAGAAGUAGGAGCUGUGACUGGUUUAAUGAAGGCUGCGAUGGAAGGUAGGAAAGAAUCAACGCUCAAAUCGAUAUUGUCUGCAUUAUGGAACUUAUCGGCACAUUGUAGUACGAAUAAGGUAGAUAUUUGCGCCGUGGAUGGUGCACUAGCAUUUCUCGUGGAUAUGUUGAGUUACAAAGCACCGUCUAAAACUUUAGCUAUUGUAGAAAACGCUGGUGGUAUAUUGAGGAAUGUAUCCAGCCAUAUUGCCGUUAGGGAAGAUUAUCGAGCCAUUGUAAGAGAAAGAGGAUGUUUGCAAGUAUUAUUGCAACAAUUACGAUCACCUAGUUUAACCGUUGUUAGUAAUGCCUGUGGAGCUCUAUGGAAUCUUUCUGCUCGAUGUCCACAAGAUCAGCGUUUAUUAUGGGACUUAGGCGCCGUUCCAAUGCUUCGUAGUCUAAUUCACUCCAAGCACAAAAUGAUUUCAAUGGGUUCAAGUGCAGCCUUAAAGAAUUUGCUAAGUGCUAGACCAGGUUCCAACAACCUUGUUCACUUAGAUUCAACAGCACGCGGAUUAGGCCUUCCAACUUUACCAACUUUAGUUGCUCGCAGACAGAGAGCUUUAGAACAAGAAAUAGAUCAAAACUUAGCAGAAACUUGCGAUAAUAUUGAACCUAGCACAUCGCCUACUAACAAAGACGACAAGUUUUCAUUCAAAGUUGAACACAGCUUCUUAGGGAUCAAUACGCGUAGUUUACGCUCUUAUCAGCUGCACAACCAGCCCAGCACAUCUAAUAUCAAAUGUAAUGGAGUCGCCAGAAGUGAGAGUAGGGACUCUAUGCGUUCUAUAACAAGUACACACUCUGAUACUAUGUUCGAAAGAGUAAAUCGACAUGUAUUGAACGGAUUAUCUCCCACUGAUGUUCAAAUAAAACAGCAAUCUUCAUCAUUGCAUUCUGCAGUCGGUUUUGAUAGUGGAAUAUCCACUGAUGUUCAUUCGAAAACUUCUUCAGAAAAAAAAUAUACAUUACGCUACAAAAAUGCCAUCCCAGAUCGUUUAAAAUCGUCAGAUUUUAAUGCUCUUGGUGAUCUUAGAUGUACUAACUCUACUAUUUCCUGGUCUUCUGCUCCAGAUCAAGAAUCCACUUGUUCACAAAAUUUAUUACAUUCUUCUGUAGAAGACAAUUUGCCACAAAGCAUCUCGUCUAUUUUAAAGACUGGCAGUCAAUCCAGUAUUUCAGAAGAAACGGAGUUAAAUAUUUGCACAAAAACAGAAUAUGUGACUACAAAGACUGGAAUAGAAACUUCGUUAUCUUUUGUUAAUAGUAGCUCUCCUGUGAAAGAUACUAUUAGCUUUGAAAAUGUCUAUGAUAAGAGUGUAUUACACCAGCAUAAUUCAUUGAAUAGUAUACAACAAACUAUUUCACCAACUGUAAACCAUCGAACAGAAGGAACUUUGUUUAGUGAUUAUGCCGUGACCGAUUUGGAUCAACCGACUGACUAUAGUUUGCGUUACGCGGAACGAAGUUUAGAAGACGAAGAAAAACCACAUUCCCAUUAUUUUACAAACAAUGAUCAGGAACUUAUUCAUGAAGAUACAGUGAAGACUUAUUGCACAGAAGGAACGCCACAUGGAACAUCUUUGAAUUCUUCUAGAGCAGCAUCUGCAUCUGAUUUACAAGAGGAUACUCGGCAAAGAAAUUUAUUGAAAAAGAUUCAAGAGCAGGGUAAAUUACAGGAUAAGGAAGAAAUGAAUUUAGAAACAAAUAUCAAGCACAAUAAUAUUGAAGAGGAUAAUCAUACUGUGCAAAAUCCAUUAAGUUCGAGAAGUACUCUUACACAAAUAUCUUCAAAUAAUUUACAAUAUGAUGAAAGUAAUAAUAUGACAUCCAAUUCGACUAAAAAUAAGCCUGAUGUGAAAAAGAAAUAUGAUACUCAGAGUGGCAUGUUUGAAAACAAUGAUAAAUUCAAUAAAAAUUAUCCCAACAAUGGAGUUAAUUCGUACGUGACCAGUGCAUUGAAAGCUUCUAAUGAUUCAGGAUGUAAGGAAUUUGAACUAAAAGGAGAUACCCGUAACAUGCCUUAUAUAUUAAAUAUAAACAACUCUUCCGAAUGUUUAGAUCAAGUCAGUGAUGGUGAUGAGGACGAUGAAGAUCUACUUACAGCUUGCAUUAAUAUUGGAAUGCAAAAUAAUAGGCACAGGCAUUCUUUUAUUGGAAACAAUUUUGAAAAAGUUCCGCGAAAUGAAAGUAACUUAGCUCGAUAUCAAACUAGUAUUGCACUAGAUCAAAUGGAAUGUAACUCUAUUAUUGAUUCUACCAUGAACAAUCUUGAUAUAAAACAAUUGGAAUCUGAAGAAACAAUAAAUUCCGAAAUUUCUAUAGAUAAUGUAAUUGAUAAUCCAUCAAAAAUAAAUAUUGUAUCAAAUUAUACUCAAAGUACAGCUAAAUUUAUGCAAGAGGAAACGGAAUCUAAAAUUUCAAUACAACAAUCAAAUCAAAUUUUACAGAAUGAAUUAGGCAAAAUAAGAAAGACAGAACACAAUUCAUUAUUAUGUGAUGAUAGAUUGUGCAACUUUUCAUUGCCUUCGAAUUUAAGAAAUAGUCCAAUAUUACAUGAAACAGUAAUAUUCAAUACAGAACCAUCUCAACAACAAUAUUUAUCUAGUAUUGAUAUCCAUUCAAACGAAGAUAUGUCGUCUUUGAUUCAUAAUGAUCUUAUUGAUAAUGAUCAGAAUAUAGAUGAUGAUUCAACUAAAUGGGAAAAUGACAAAGUAUUAGAAUCCAUAGAAAAUAAAAGUAAUGAGAAUCCAUCUAUGGAACAAUCUUAUUCAAAAGUAACAAAUUCAGACAGUAGUGAAUCAAUUGAUUCUGUAGAACAAUCCGAACAUGCACUUCUAGAAUUAUGUAUACAACCUGCACUAGCUAAAACUAUGGACAAUAUUCAACUAAAUAAGACUAUAGUAAAUAAAAAUAAGGAUGAAUUUGAAGAAAAACAAGUUAAAACAAAAAUUAGUAAUGAUGAAAUUAAUAAAACAUAUAGCGAUAUAUGUGAGAUAGAUGGUAUUAAGAAGGAAGAAAUUGAUUUAAAACACAAAUUAAUACAAAAAUCUGCAGAUUCAACAAAACAUGUAGAGAAAGAAGAUGUAUAUCGACGUCAGAGAGAUCCUGAUGCCAUGAUUGCUUCGUUAGAUCGAUUGACUGCAACUUUAGUGCAGCAAACAGAAGCAAUUCGAGAACGAGAUUCUAAUGCGAUGAAACAAAGUGUAUUGAGUGAUACGUGGAACGAGGAUUCUCCUAAUGAUGUCUCUUUUCCUAGUAUCAGCAUCAGUGCUCCCAUAAUUGCCUCGUUUAAGAGCGAUGUAGCAGAAGAACAAGGUACGAUUACUUCAGAAUGUUAUGAAACAAUAAGCAGUGAAAGUGGUCCUAUGUCAAAUUCAAAAAUUAUUCAAAGAGAAGCAAUUAAAUUGGCUGAAGCAGUGGACGCAGAAAUGAACAGACAAAAUGAGUUAGAUACAACUAGUAUGACAUCUAUGGACUUAGAUGCAAUUAAACCUCCUUCUUCUAUGGGGAGUUUAUUAUCACUAACUGCUAGCUAUGCAGGUUCAGGUGAUUGUAGCGAGUCAUUCAUUAAUCGAGAUAGAUGUAAUUCUGCGUCUUUACCUCCUAUUCAAGUGAAAAACGUUUCUUUAACAGAUUCCCGAAAUAAUCGUAAAAAAUCACUUCCUCUAGGUGUAGUAGCUAAAAGAGCUCUUAAUCAAAACCAAAAUCAUACUGGCAGUUUAGAAAACUUGUUAAAUGAAUGUACUGGUUCGCAUUUAGACAGUGUUAAACCACCAUCAAUGUUAGAUGAAUUACCAGACGUUGGCGACAUGGAAAAUAGUAUGUUAAGUGUGGCAAGUAUUACGUCAGAAGUAGCAGAUUCUAAAGAUCAGGACUCACAACACUUGAGUGGAAGCGAUGCUGCAUUUGACUUAUUAAGACCUGUCGCAAAUGUACUUUCUAUGACGUGUAUGCGAUAUGCUGAAGCUAUGCAAAAUAGUGCAAAUAAUAGUUUAAGCGAAUGCUUGGAAAAUAUCAAUCCACCUUCAUUAUUCAACGAAGUCUGCGAAAUGGAUGAAUCGACAGUGGAACAGGCAUCAGAGACAAUAUGCAGUGAUACAUUAUGUAUUGACGCGGAAUUACAUACUGAAGAAGCUUCACAUCCUGUUAUGAUAGAUAAAAUCGACGAGGCGGGGGAUACUGAUGAAGCAGUUACACCAAUCUCUUCCGAAUAUUGUCUCACUAGUUCAGCGGAAUCUACGCCUAGGAAACGAUUACAUAAAAAUUUAACACCGAAACAGAAAAGGACUUUGGCCAAAGAAAGAUAUAAAACUUAUACAAUAGCUGCGGAACUUGACAAAAAAGAGACAGAAAAUGUAGUGCAAGAAAAGGUUUCACGGGGAAAAUGUUCGCCUUUUUCAAAAUUGACGCCUAAACAACGCAGACAAGAAGAUAGAGCAAGAUUUCAAACACAGGUAUUAGAAAAUCCUUUCCCUGACAUGAAUCAAGAUCAAAAUAAUCAACAAGAAAUUAAUACUAUUUGUGAGCAAGAAAAUUCUGAAAAACCAACAAGAGCUAUAUCUCCUGUAAAAUCUGCUAUUCCUACAUUAAAAUUGUCUACUUGUAAAACAUUAAUUAAAAAACGUACUGAGCAAAAGAAGAAUAGAGAAAGAUACCGUACAAGAACUUUGAACGAUUCAGAAUGUAUAUUCAAAGAUAUAGAAAGUAAUGCUACAAAUAUGACAGAAGAUAGGAUUCCAGAUUCAACGCACAAUAUUGAAUCAGAAAUUCAAACCAUGCUAGAACAAAAUGCAACCAUCGUAUUGAAUACGUUAAAUGAAUCAAACAAAACGAAUGAAACUACAGAGGAAGGAUUAUUAGAUUGCGAAACUAUUAGUUUAGUAUCAAAUGAAUCGGAAUCCGAACGUAAUCUCCGAAUGCGAUUUGUCAACGGUGUUUCUAAAAAAUUAAUAGGUUCAUAUUCUCAACAAAUAGAUAACGUACAGGAACCAAAAGAUGUUUAUAAAGAAACUAUUGAAAUUGAAGCCCCUAGAUCACAUGAAGACAUUAGAUAUACCGACAACGUGGAGACUGAAAGCGAGGAUGAAUCAAAUAAUAUUGAAGAUCCACCUAGAGAAACAAAAAGACCUCGAAUAAUUAAACCAGGAAUGGUAAGGGAUCCCAGCAAUGAUUCCAAUGCUACAGAUAAAUCAGAUCCAGAAAGUCCAAAGGCUAUUCGAGGCAGAAGAAAAGCUCUCUAUUCAAAUCCAAUUACACGAAAACCAACACCGCAAUCGUCUCCAUUAAAACAAGUGAAUCCUGUUAGUGGAAUACCUAUAGGACGUAGUAAUACUUCACCUAUUGUAAGAGCUACUAGAGCUACUACCCUCAGGCAAAAUAAUAAUAGUCCAAAUGUCAUGAUGAAAGAGUCUGCAAAAUCAAAUAUAAAUCUUAAAGCAACUUCUAAUUCAAUAGAUGAUAAAAAAACAAAAGUUCUAUCUAUAGCUGCAAAAAGAGCAUCGGUUCCUCAAAAAGGAUCAUCGUUAACUUUCACAAAAUCCGUAAAAAGACAUAGCACACCUCCAACAUGUUCUUCCUCGAAUUAUCAACAAGAGACCAAAUCAGAUGUAACAGUAAAACCUUUAGAACGGCAAGGUACGUUUACCAAAGACGAACCAGAAGUAGAAAAUGCUCCUACCGUAGUUUCUACAUCUUCUUCUCCGAUAAAAACGAAGAUCGCAAAACCUAUUAGAGGUGCGACAUCCAAGAUACAUCCAACAACAGGGAAACCAAAAAUUUCACCAAAGACACAUCAAGCACAUCAAUCGAAAUCAUCAAAAGGAAAUGUUUCAGAAAAGAAUCAAUCUUCGAAAGCGUUACUAGUUACUCCAAAACGAUUACCUACAGGAAAAAUGACUCCAAAAAUACCAGCUAAUAAUCAAAAUGCUGCACAAGCAGAAAACGGUAAAGUCUUUCGAAAAGUAGGUCCUCUUGGUCAGAGAUCUAACAGUAAUUCCAGUAUAGUAUCAAAUUCAUCGACUGGAAUGCAGACUAGAAAAUUGGCAAAGGAAGCAACUAGUAAAAUUGCAAGUUUAUGGAAAAAAGUAGAAGAGAGCAAGAAUAAGCAACGGUUUGAGAAAUCAGAUACUAGGCAAUGGGUACAGCCUGGCAAUUGUGCCAAUGAUGUAGAUGCUCCAAUUUUAGUGAACAAUCCACCAACUUUUAGAUUAUUCCGUAGCUCAACAUUUGAAGGAGUACCUCAAGAAAAUGAUAAUUCUGAAUCAGCUUUGUACAAAUCUAAAUUGAAAAGACCAUUGAUAAUGGGUGUGCAACCUAGUAAAGUGAAAUAUAGAAACUCUUGUGAUUUAAGCGGAAUGAAUGCGAACGAUGCUCCUUGCAAGAUUCCUGUAAAGUCUAGCGAUGCUUCUACGUACAAGAAAGAUACCAUAGACAUAGGUGAUGCUUCAGUUGUUUUACGAAAAUCACAGCAUACUGAAUCCUCCACAAUAGAGAUAGAUCCUACGAAACGGAUAUCACGUCUUGGUUCCUUUAUACGAGUAGAUUCUGCAAAUGGAGAAGGUUCUGCACAAGCAUAUGUUAGUGGGGCUGGUAUGCGUACACCCGCAUCCGCUAUCGUACCGCCUUUUAACUAUAAUCCGAAACAAGAUAUUUCACAAGCAGCCAAAGUAACGCCUGAUGAAAUUGAAAGCAAAUUUAAAGUGACAGAUUGUCAUAGUGACAUAGUCACAGCUUCUACAAGAGUAACAACAGUAUAGUGGGAAUUUGUUAUAAAAUAAAUAAUUUCUUUUUCGUAGUAUCUCUCGCUUUUCUGUUUCGGGCUAGUCAUUGUACAUUUGCUUUACUGCUAUAUUGAUCAUAAAUCAACAUGCAGUACAUGUUAAGAAUACUUGAUAAGUAAAGUUUUCUUUUUUUACCUCAUCAUUUAAAGAGCACUGAAAAUCUUCAUGGUAUCUCAAUAAUUUUUACACACUGAAUAUAAGAAAAUAAUUAAUUGAAUUUUUUUUUAUUAUGCAUGUGCAUUGCAAUGCAAUCUUUUUUUUUUAAAGAGAUAUAAUUAGAAUGUGACAUAGCUGGAAAUCCUGAUCAUUCCUAUUCACUUUACGUGUUGUAUAUACAUAUAUUGAUAAAUUUCAUGAUUAUGAAGAAAAUUAAAAAUCGGUAGUACGUAGCAGUAAUUAUGCUCGAUUAUUUAUUCAAUUUUGUAUAUAUUGAACGUCGAUAAAGAAUGUAGAAAGUUUAGUAAUAUGUAUCACGACUCAUGAUGUAUAUGGCAAAAAAUGUGUCGCUAUACAUUUUCGUAAUAGAUAAAUUUGCAAGGAAGAAGAUCUGUAUUUUGUUUCCAUUGUAAACUGAUUUGUAUUCUUCUAAACAAAUAUAAAGUUUAAUUACUUUUUAAAGACUGAUAGAAACAUGAUGAAGAUUCGAAUGAAACAGAGACAUUUUCAACACAACAAAAUGUUAUGGUAAAAAUGGUAAUAAUGUUUAUAUCAAUUUAGCGGUCUAAGUAACGCUAAACUGGCAUUACAUGAAAAGACAAAAUUUUGUAAACCCUUAUAUUAAGUUUCUAGUCUAUUUGAAAAUCUACAAAAAUAGCUUCUAUUUUGAUCAUAUAUGUAUUACAUAAAAUCGAUUUGCAUGUAACAAGUGUCUACUGAUUUAACUGGUACCCUUUCUAAAAUAUAUGUAGGUACAAUUAAAGAGUGUGUACGGAUCAAUUAUGUAUUUAUAGAUUGAAAAGUUUAAGAUAUUGAUAUGGCGUUUAAUAAUUUUAUUUUCAUAUUUUCUUCAUUAUUUUCUAGUUUUACUAGAAAAUUUGCUAUAAUAUUUGAAGCAAUCAAUAAUGCGUACAAUAUUUUAAGUUUUUUUCUAUAUCGUGUCAUCUUUCGUUCUAUAUGCGCAUAUGCAAAUCAAUCUAAAAUCUUAUUAGAAGGAAACUGUUUGACACGAUAUAGAAUAGAUUUUAUUGUUCGUUAAUUACAUAUUUAUUAUACGCAUUUUACCCUGUUCCAGUUCGAGUUAAUUAGAUUUAACCCUUCCAACUUGGAGUCAUAUCAGGGUAUCCUUGUAUUUUUUUUCAUACAAGAUAUGGUCUGUACUACACCGGAAAUCCUUUUCAAGAUUCUUUUAUAAUUUUCAUCUUUUAUUUAGAUCUUAAGUGUAAUUCAUCUUUUGUUAUAUUAUAUUUUAAAUUCGGCGAACAUCUUAAUAAUUUGUAUAUUAAUAAUUACAGUACAAUAAAAUUUAUAGCUACUAA